AUGCUCGCCCGCCGCGCCUUCCUCCUCCUCUCCCUCCUCUCCACCGCCCUCGCCAGCGCCGCCCCAGGCCGCCGCACCCCCACGCCCGCAACGCUCCUCCCGCGCGGCAAGUACGACGACAGCGACGGGUGCCCGGUCGGCUCCGCCUCCUGCUCCGCGUUCUCGUGCUACCCGCUCGACGGAUCCGUGUGCUGUGCCGACGGGACGUUCUGCGACCCCGGGUUCACUUGUCAGGCGCAGGCGGACGGCGUCACCGAGUGCGCGGCGAAGCACAACGGCGCGGCGGGGGCGCACCCGGCGGCCGCGGGCACGCUCGCGGGGCUGCUCGCCGUGGGCGCGGCGUUCGCCCUCGCUUGA